GGAUGAAGAUGUUCCCUAUCGACUUUGGGGUCAAAAGGUCAAAGGUCAUGCGCACUGGACAUCGAAGUAGCAACACUCAGAAAAGAGGUAGUUUAUACCUAUUACCAACACCCUUUGGGAGAUUGGGGUAAGCGGGGGGUAUUCUUAGUGAGCAUUGCUCACAGUACCUCUUGUUAAAAAUUGUGAAAUUCAUAGCCCCUGGAUCAGGGGUUCUGGUGCUAGGGUGGGGCUCUCUAAGUCAUAUAGUGAAAAUGCAUUAUUUCUUUGAAAAUCUUCUUCUCUGUCCUUGGGUAUUAAGUAGACAAACCAAUAGCAUGAUUAUGAUGAGCAAGGAUUCCUCUUUCAAAAUUGUGAAAUUUAUGGCCCCUGGGUCAGGGGUUCUGGUAUUAGGGUGGGGCCCUAUUGAUCAUAUAGUGAAAAUGCAUUUUAUUUCUUUGAAAAUCGUCUCUUCUGCUGCUGGGUAUUAAGUAGACAAACUAAUAGUAUGAUAAUGAUGAUCAAGGAUGCUUCUUUCAAAACUGAAAUUUAUGGCCCCUGGGUCAGGGGUUCUGGUGCAAAGGCGGGGCUGACCACAUAGCUAUUCAAUGUUUCUUCCAUCCAAAAGUAAAAUUCUUAUAUUUAAACACAAACCUAAUUCAAACAUUGGAAGGUUGUUACAUGAUACUCAGGUGACCUAUAAGGCCCCUGGGCCUCUUGUCAUUACUUUGGAUAAUUUCAUGAGUAGCUGAACCGUGUGUGUCCCAAUAUGCACCUUGGAUAUGCCGAAGACAGUGUAGAAAAGGUGAUAAAAGGCAAUUUUUCGUGCAGUGGUUAUUUCGAGGAAGGGACAGGUAGUCACGGUGCCCGUGGUAUAACCUCAACGCCUCUUCGUGGUGACUGACCAAUCUUACGUUCUUGGUGUCAGAUGACCAGUGCAAAGCUUUAGGGAAUUAUAGGAAGUCAGCGGGUAAGACCACGACAACUAUCGACCGGUUAGUGACCAGUCGACAUUUCCAGCAGAUUGUAUGCAUCUUUAACGCCAGCAAACGUUAUGGCAGAGUGAGUGAUUUCUAGGAAAGCGGCGGACUCGGACACAAAUUCACGUGUUUUAAGGACCUGUCAUUUGAACAUAAAGUGGUUUACCAAAUGCCGUAAUUUGUAUCCCGGAUGAACGCAUUGCACCAGUGGAUGAAUUAAUGAGACAGGAUGUUUAAUUUCAAUUUCCUGGUCAGGAAUAUCACACAUGAGAUUCCUGAAUUAAAGCAUUGUAGAGAAAAGUCUGAUAAAGGUACUUGUCUGCAAAUACAUGAAGCACGAACUAGUGCUACCGGGAAAGUGAACACCCGCCAAAUCAGGUAUUCUCAAUGGAAGACUACAAGCGUCUGUUCAUGAUAAUGUUCAUUUCUACUGGAUUUUUCUUCGUGCUGUUUGAAUUCAUACCCCCUUCAUCUCCGCUAGACAUUCUGCCGUUAAAACAGAUCUUUGGAUACCGUCAUAACCACGUGACCGGACGACCCGCGGGUAUUCUGCAAAAGGACAACACAUCCAUCGCCAACUUUAAGGAAUGGAGAGUAUUGUGGUACAACAUCCCAUUUUAUCUCGUGAACAAUUCAAACUAUGCUAAUUCUAAGAAAUGCGAGAAACAUCCCAAGUGUGUGUUUUCAAUGGAUAAAAAAGAUCUACCGAAUAGUGACGUAGUGAUAUUCACACAAUCUUAUAUGGAAAGUGUUCCGCCCCGGAAAGAAAACAACCAGGUCUGGGUGUUUAACUCAAUGGAGAGCCCAGCGUUCAUGACACAACCGUCACCAAGAUGGUAUGCUGAAUUAGAUUGGUUGAUGUCUUAUCGCAGGAAAUCGGACAUCCAGCGACCGUACGGGAUUAUUCGGAAACGGAGCACGCCUCUGGUGAAGAACUACACAGAAGUGUUUCAGAAGAAGAAACUAUUCGGCGUGUGGAUGUCGGGGCAUUGUCCUGUACCGUCCCGUCGGAAGGCUCUCAUUCAAGAGCUUCAGAAAUAUGUUCAGAUCGACAUGUUCGGUUCCUGUGGAAUUCGCGUGUGCAAGACUCGUUCGCCAUAUUUGAAUGAGUGUUUGCUAAACUUUUCGCGUGAUUAUAAAUUUUAUUUUGCAUUUGAAAAUAAUAUUUGCGAAGACUACACGACAGAAAAACUGUUUAACAUAUAUUUAGGAAACCUUGAUGUCAUACCGGUGAUAAACGGUCCUUCCACCGCAUCCUUAUAUUUACCCAAAGGAACAUUUCUAAGUGCUUUGGAUUAUCCCUCCCCAAAGGCUUUGGCAGAGAAACUGAAAGAAAUAGGUUCCAGCGAAGCUUUAUUUUCGCAAUACCUUAGGGAGAAAGACAAAUAUUUCGAAAUAGGUACGGAUGAAGUUUUUCUGGAUGCAAUGUGUAAAAUCUGUGCAAUUAUGGACAAGACAAAAGGCAAACCAGAGCGACAUAAAGAAACCAUUCAUCAACGUUUCUUUGUUAAAGGUGGAUGUUGAUUCAUAGAUUUUAUUUAAUAACUACAUUUCCAGUGUAUCUCGACACAAUGAAAUGACGGCCAUUUUCUCAUGAAUGCGAUGCAGCUGUAUAUAAUGUUGAUAAAUGUAAAAUGUGUGUAUUGCGACAGAAAUGGAAAAUGAAUGUAAAAUGAAUUUCAUUUUUAGACAUGCUUGAGGCUAUGAACUGCAAUGCUCCGUGUCGUCAUACUUUUCAUGUUGGCGUGAAACGCUUCAUUUCAUGCCCUCGUGUAUUUUCAAAAAUGAAAUUUAAAUGCAAAUAGAUGGUAACGUUUUUACAAUAUCCAGAAAACAGCCAUUUGAUGCCAUUUUGGUGUUUUAGUGUGGAAAAUGUAUCAUCUAGAAUUACACUCUUGUGUUGAAGAGUUUCUGGUUCCGCCCUUGUGGAAUCGCACUUACUAGCCAUUUUCCUUGGGGGUAACCCUGCCAUAUGGCAAGGUGUCUGGAUAGAAGGGGGUUUUCAUAUAGUGAUUUCUAAGUAUAUCGGGUACAAUUAUUAUAACGUAUUCAUGGUCGAAAACAGAACUAAAUGAAGAGUGCCUCUCUGUGCGACUGACUGAUUUAACCUUUAACCUUCAUUAAUCAAUUCGAUCCUGAAAUUCAUACUAGUAUCAGGAUCAUUGAAUAUACAGUAUUAGUAGGAUCCACGGAUUAGAAUGUUUUUAUUUUGUUUUAUGUUAACACCAAAAAUGAAUCUUAACGUUUGUUGUAGGUGUAGAAUAGUGUCGUUUUAUUGUUUGUGUUUCUCCGUCAUUGCUAUGUUACAUUUCGUACCUAUACAGAUAAAUUAACUCUCUCUGAAGUUAUCUACACAGAGAAAUUAACUCUCUCUGAAGUCAUCUACACAGAGAAAUUAACUCUCUCUGAAGUCAUCUUGUCAGAGAAAUUAACUCUCUCUGAAGUCAUCUUGUUUGAGAAAUUAACUAUCUCUGAAGUCAUCUUGUUUGAGAAAUUAACUAUCUCUGAAUUCAUCUACACAGAGAAAUUAACUCUCUCUGAAAUCAUCUUGUCAUAGAAAUUAACUAUCUCUGAAGUCAUCUUGUUUGUUUCAAAGUUAAGCUGUUAAUUGCCUUUAAUGUAUAUGUUCAUUAAAUUGUCAACAUUGUUAAAAUCUGCUGGGUACGAACAAACAUUGUGCUUGUAUGCGUGAUUUAUUUUCUUAUUGCAUACAACAAUAUAACACUCGCACGUGUUCAAACUCCAACCUUACAUUCAUAUUACUAUGAACGUUACUAUAGAAACCAAUAAAAUCAACGCAGUACCACAGUA